GUGCGCGGGCGGAUAAAUUUGUCUAUCAAAGCACACGGCUUGCUCGUCGUUAUCAGCGGGAGCAAAUAACAGCAGUUCCGCUGAGCGGCUCACCAGGGAAGGACGACGCACAUCAGACACUCACUCGUCGCCUGACGUUGAGGUGCAUCACAAGUCUCGAUUUUGGCUUGUUUACGGCUCGGUGUGUGAUACCGGUACGGCAGUAGCGGCGCUUCUACACGACUUUUUCAGUGUAAAUUUAGACGGACGCACCCCUCCGGCUGUCCUGGCAGCACUCCAGGACAGCACUGCUCCCCGCGCUUGACAGAGGCUCGAAUCUAGUCAGUCGGACGGCAUGUCCUCGCUCUUCAACAGCUUCCCCAUCCGCCUGGAUGGCGACAAUCUGCCUGGCCUGCUCAACGAGGGUUUCCGCCAGUUCGGCUUCCAGCUUCCCAACUCUGCUGGCGGAGGGGGUGCUGGUGGAUUCCGGAUGCCUGGAAACCUCGGAAAUCUUGGAAAUCUCGGGAAUCUCGGGGAUUUGAGAGGCGUCUUCAACAACCUUGUCAACAAUUCUGGACAAGGUGGAGGUGGUGGUGGGACACCCUGGACCAAAGGCAGCUACCACCUGAAGAAUCGGCUCCUCAAGGGUGGCCUCACAGGGUUUGGAGACGUUUUUCACCCUGGCAAAGAUGCUUUUAAUUUGGGAGACAAGGGCUCUGGUCUGCGAAACCGAGGCACUGUCCAGGAUUUCCAAAAGCUGCGGGAUGAAUGUCUGUCUAGCGGCACCUUGUUCGAGGAUCCCGAGUUCCCCUGCACAGACUCGUCCAUUUUCUUCAGCAGAAAACCUCCACGUUCGUUCGAGUGGCUCCGUCCAACUGAAAUCACAUCUGACCCCAGUCUGUUCGUCGAGGGCUAUUCUAGAUUUGACAUCCAGCAAGGAGAAUUGGGUGACUGCUGGUUGCUAGCUGCCGUCGCUAAUUUGACCCUGCACAACUCGCUAUUCACCCAAGUCGUUCCCAAUGACCAAAGUUUCACCGACCAGUAUGCGGGCAUAUUCCACUUUAGAUUUUGGCAGUAUGGUCGUUGGGUUGACGUGGUCGUGGAUGACCGCCUGCCGACCUACAACGGCCAGCUGGUGUUCCUCAGGUCUUCCCAGCAAAAUGAAUUCUGGAGUGCCUUGCUGGAGAAAGCCUAUGCCAAAUUACACGGCUCCUACGAGGCCCUCAAGGGUGGCACCACCUGCGAGGCAAUGGAGGACUUCACAGGAGGAGUCACAGAGUGGCAUGAGCUGCAAAAAGAAGACCAAACUUUAUUUAAAAUCAUGCUGAAGGCGGCCGAGAGAUCUUCACUGAUGGGCGCCUCGAUUGAACCUGAUCCAAGUGUGCUUGAGGCUCGUACUCCAGAGGGCCUGGUCAAAGGCCACGCGUACAGUCUCACCAGAGUGAAAAUGGUCGACAUCAACACUCCGAAUACGACCGGAAAAAUCCCCCUUGUACGCCUUCGAAACCCGUGGGGCAAUGAGGCAGAGUGGAAUGGUGCUUGGUCUGACAAAUCUGCUGAGUGGCGCUUCAUUCCUCAACAUGAAAAAGAGGAGAUCGGGCUGACCUUCGAUGACGACGGCGAGUUCUGGAUGUCCUACCGGGACUUCUGUAAAUACUUCUCCAGACUCGAAAUUUGCAACUUGAACCCGGAUUCCUUGACGGAUGAUGAAAUCGGAGACGGCAAGAAGUGGGAGAUGAGCGUGUUUGAAGGUGAAUGGGUUCGCGGCAUAACUGCAGGCGGAUGCCGCAAUUUCCUAGAAACCUUCUGGCACAACCCUCAGUACAUUAUUACUCUGGAUGAUCCUGACGAGGAUGACGACCAAUCACUUUGCACCGUCAUCAUCGCCUUGAUGCAGAAGAACCGCAGGGCCCAAAGAAAGUUGGGCGCAGAAUGCUUGACCAUUGGGUUUGCCGUGUACAAGUUGGACAACCCUGAGAACCAGCCAAAGCCCCUUCCUCUGGACUUCUUCAAAUACAAUGCGUCCGUGGCCAGGUCCAAGUCGUUCAUCAACCUUCGCGAGUUAGCUGAGCGCUUCAAGCUUCCCGCCGGCACUUACUGCAUAGUGCCCUCGACCUUUGACCCCAAUGAGGAGGGAGAGUUCCUGCUCAGAGUGUUCUCUGAGAACAGCAACAACAUGGAGGAACUCGAUGAUGAAGUCGGCUUGGGUGAAAUCGAUACUCGAAUUCAAGAGGAUCCUGAACUUAAAAAUGACGAGGAUGAGGAGUCGAACCAGAAGAUCAAAGCCUUCUUUGAGAAGUUGGCCGGAGAGGACAUGGAGGUUGACUGGAUGGAGUUGAAACAGUUGUUAGAUUUUGCCAUGAAGGACGACUUCCCACAAGGCGCCCCGACUCUUCCAAUGCAGUCCUCGGACUCCAUGCUGGGAUCGAUAAUGAAUUUAUUAUGCGGAGUCGUGUGCAAAGACACGCCAAUUGGACAAAUGUUCGAGCAACAGUUCGAAGGGUUCUCAAAGGAGACCUGCCGAAGCAUGGUCGCUAUGAUGGAUGUCGAUCGCUCAGGAAAACUUGGUCUUGAGGAGUUCAAGAUCCUAUGGAUGGACGUCCGCAACUGGAGGUCGGUGUUCAAACUGUACGACACGGAAAAGACGGGAUCGCUGAGUGCUUUUGAGCUGCGCCAGGCGCUCAACUCUGCCGGCUACAGGCUGAACAAUCACAUCCUGAACAUUCUGAUGCACCGCUACGGCACCAAGGAGGGAAGAAUUUCAUUCGACGACUUUAUUGCCUGCGCUGUUCGUCUCAGAUCUAUGAUUGACAUGUUCAAGGAGAGAGAUCCUGAUAACACCAACACUGCUGCAUUUACUCUGGAGGAAUGGGUGGAAAAGACCGUGUACUCUUAAGAAGCCAAAUUAUCCUUUGAGAUUAUAUAACGGAGGUGGCGUAAGUCACGUUUUUAUAUUUUCAACCCUCCGACUUGCGAUUUCUUUUGAGCUAAUACUUUUUGAUCAAUUAAACGCCACCUUCGACUAUAGAUUUACUAUUUACGCACACUACAACUCGCGCAACUUUUUUAAUUAAUUAAUGCUAAUCUAAAUGUGCUGCAAAAAUGCUGAUUCUGUGGUAAUCAAAGUCUAGCUUACAAGAGUACCUCUUUGCAGUUAUUUAUACAGUGAGCAUAUUUAUUGUGCUUUUUAUAAAUUCAGCUAUUAGGGCAACUUAUUAUGAUAUUCUGAGCUAUAGAUAUUAUGCAUCCCAGAGAUGGUAAAAUUAAAUAUAUUGCUAUUUAUGUUAAAACUUGAUCUGUCCCAAUCGGCUUAAAGCUUCUAAAUAAAUUUUGGAUCGUAUAUUAAAAAAA